AUGGCGGCGGGUGGGAGCGGCGGGCGCGCGUCGUGCCCGCCGGGGGGUCGCGGGCUCGGGCGCGGGGGGGCGCCGGGGCCCAGCGCCAACGCGGCCGGCCCAGCCCCCGGCAACGCGGCCGCCGCCCCGCCCGCCGCCGCCGCCGCCGCCGCCGCCCCGGGCCCCCGCCGCCCCCGGCGCGCCCGCCCCCCGGCCCGGGCCCCAGUUGCGAGCGCGCAGGCCGCGGCGGGCGGCGGGGAGCGGGCGGCCGAGGAGGCGGCGGCGGCGGGCGCGCUGCUGCGGGAGCCCGCGUACAACUGGCAGGCCACGAAGCCCACGGUGAAGGAGCGCUUCGCCUUCCUCUUCAACAACGACGUGCUCUGCGACGUGCACUUCCUGGUGGGCAAGGGCCUCGGCGCGCAGCGCGUGCCCGCGCACAGGUUCGUGCUGGCCGUGGGCAGCGCCGUCUUCGACGCCAUGUUCAACGGGGGGAUGGCCACGACGUCCACGGAGAUCGAGCUGCCCGACGUGGAGCCCGCCGCCUUCCUGGCCCUGCUCAAGUUCCUCUACUCCGACGAGGUUCAGAUCGGCCCCGAGACAGUCAUGACGACCCUGUACACAGCCAAGAAGUACGCCGUGCCCGCCCUGGAGGCCCACUGUGUGGAGUUCCUCAAGAAGAAUCUCCGCGCCGACAAUGCCUUCAUGCUGCUCACCCAGGCCCGGCUCUUUGACGAACCGCAGCUGGCCAGCCUGUGCCUGGAGAACAUCGACAAGAACACGGCCGACGCCAUCACCGCCGAGGGCUUCACCGACAUCGACCUGGACACGCUGGUGGCCGUGCUGGAGCGCGACUCCCUGGGCGUGCGCGAGGUCCGGCUCUUCAGCGCCGCCGUCCGCUGGUCCGAGGCCGAGUGCCAGCGGCAGCAGCUGCAGGCGACGCCCGAGAACAAGCGCCAGGUGCUGGGCAAGGCGCUGGCGCUCAUCCGCUUCCCGCUCAUGACGGUGGAGGAGUUCGCCGCAGGCCCUGCGCAGUCGGGGAUCCUCUCGGACCGCGAGGUGGUCAGCCUCUUCCUGCACUUCACUGUCAACCCCAAGCCACGGGUGGACUUCAUCGACCGGCCGCGCUGCUGUCUCCGCGGGAAGGAGUGCAGCAUCAACCGCUUCCAGCAGGUGGAGAGCCGCUGGGGCUACAGCGGCACCAGUGACCGCAUCAGGUUCUCCGUCAACAAGCGGAUCUUUGUGGUCGGCUUUGGGCUGUACGGCUCCAUCCACGGCCCCACCGACUACCAAGUGAACAUCCAGAUCAUCCACACGGACAGCAACACCGUCCUGGGCCAGAACGACACGGGCUUCAGCUGCGACGGCUCCGCCAGCACCUUCCGCGUCAUGUUCAAGGAGCCCGUGGAGGUGCUGCCCAACGUCAACUACACGGCCUGCGCCACGCUCAAGGGCCCCGACUCCCACUACGGCACCAAAGGCCUCCGCAAGGUGACCCACGAGUCACCCACGACGGGCGCCAAGACCUGCUUCGCCUUCUGCUACGCGGCCGGGAACAACAACGGCACGUCGGUGGAGGACGGCCAGAUCCCCGAGCUCAUCUUCUACACCUGAGCCACCGGCGUCCUCGGCACAGCGGGGGGCCCAGUGGGGGCUGCGCGGGGCAGCUCGGGGCUGCGGGGGCACAGCAGGGGCUGCGGGGGGCAGCUCGGUGCCGCAGGGGCACAGCAGGGGCUGCGGGGGCGGCGCCCACGUUUAUUUUUCUAACUGCACAUGGCAAUGCAUCUGGGGUUUCCGUUCCUAGUAGACGCGGCGUGGGGGCUCGUCGUGGGUUAGGUUUGGGUCCUGUCCUCUGUGUUCCUGUCCGGAGCCCCCACCCCAGCCUGCCGAGCGCCCCCAGGAGCCCAGGGCCACAAGGGGCCUCAAGCACAGGGCAAGCACAGCCCGAUGGUGUCCGUCAUCCUCGGGCUCAGCACAGGCCACCCUGGGGGUGUCUCGAUCCAGCAGGCGCGGCUUAGCCCCCCAUGGCCCAAUGUGGAGUCCGGGGGGUCCCCCCCAGCCCUGCACCCCUGUCUAUGUCGCCCUGGCUGCCGUGGCUGCCCCUCUCGCCCCUCCUUGUGUUCCUGCCUCUGUGGUUCCUGCGGACCCCACGUCCCCCGCAAGCCGCGCUGAGGUGUCCCCCCCCACACCUUGCCCCCACGUGAUCUUUUUUAAUAAAAGAAAGAAACGCUCCGG